UAUCCAGUAUCAGCCUCCUCCACUCCCUCCUGUCUCUGGCUCUGUGGGCGCACUCAGCCAGUGGCAUGCCCAUCCACUCUCGGACGUCAUCGCCCCACCUCCUUCGUGGUCUCCAGCGGCUCCUCCUACCGUUGAUGGACCCUUGUAGUAUUUGAGUGCUGAUGUUGCCCAUCUAGACAUUGUUAUGCAAAUCGAAACAAUGGUCGAGACAAGGACUGUUUUCGUAUCGGGGCCUUUGAUACAUAAUCUGAAUACAUAUAACAAUAACAUGCGCUUUGACCUCUGUGAAAGGGUUAAUUCUGUUGCCCAGGGCAUGGUGACCACCUUGGGCGUGACGAAGUACCUGGAAACACCUGCGGGUGAGGACGCUGUUAUUGUCCAGGUGCUGAAGAAACAGGGAGCCGUGCCUUUUGUGAGGACCAACAUUCCACAGAGUCUACUCAGUUACUCCUGCAGCAACCCGGUCUUUGGUAACACCGUGAACCCGCUUGACCCCGAGCGGACAUCGGGUGGAUCGUCAGGUGGGGAGGCGGCACUGAUCAAAGCAGGAGGGUCGGUACUGGGGUUAGGGAGUGACGGGCUCGGAAGUGUCCGAAUUCCCGCGCAUUUCUGCGGGAUCUGCGCACUCAAGCCUACUGGCCUGAGGAUCAGUGACAGAGGUUUGCUGAAAGGAACUCCUGGAAUACAGGGAGUUAUUGCUGCUCCUGGUCUUCUGGCCAGAGAUGUUGACAGUUUAGCCCUGGGUCUGAAGGCUCUGCUAGUACCGGACAUGUUCCAACUGGACCCGCGGGUGGCACCCAUACCAUUCCAACAAGAGGUGGGACUUAUCACAAUACAAAUUAAUCUCUAA